CUCGUAGAACUGGCAACCCUGGCUGAGGCUAAUUUACUAGCUAGCUAGUUUAGAGGGGAAAACAAAAGGACAGAGGAUUGAAUUUGUAUUAAAUUGUUUCAGAGAACUUCUCCGGUGUUUGUAAACGAUGUUCUCUCUGACUACAUCUUUUCAGCCUCAGGUAACUGUGCCACUGAGCCAUAUUAUCAAUGCUGUGCACUCGCUGAAAGCGUCAGCCAGCUCCACUGCCACUGCUGCAGUUCAGAGUCUACACCGAGAGCUUUCGGCUGAUCACCACAUAGUGCCCCACACCCCUGACACACAGCUUAAGCAAAUUCAUAAAGACCUGGGGAUCUCAGAGCUAAGGCUAAGUGGAGUCAAUGAGCUGUUAAACAGGCUGCUGCCCACACCAGUUCCCAAAGAGAGCUUGGACCUUAGGGUCUGUCUUCGAUCUUCAAGAUGGAGAACAUCACACAUCUCCACAGAUUCCUUCUUUCACAACAAACAUGGUUUCUCUCAGAGAAUGCCAGGACUCUUUGGCUAUCCAAUAUUCCAUAGACAAAACACCCAUCCUCUUCAGGUUCUUUGCUCAGAUCUUCAGCACUUGAAAGUGUGUGUCCAAAGCCGAGGUUUUAAGACUCUGAGGUCCAAAACCAGGCGCCUUCAGUCCAGCUAUGAGAGUCCAGCAGAAUCGGAGAGCUAUACUCCACUAUUUAUGAAGGGUCUUCUCUUGAGGGAUAAAGCUGAUGCUGAGAGCCUUGACCAGUUAAUGAAACAGAGGAAUCUUCCAGAGAAUCAGCAGGAUGCCUUUAAGACUGGUUUUACAGAGGGCUUCAUGAAAUCUCAAGCCCUAAUGCAGAAGACACAAGAUUCACUUAAGAGGACUCGUCUGAUUUUACUUGUCCUCCUACUUGUUGGCAUCUAUGGUUUGUCAAGAACCCCAUUUCUCUCGGGUAAAGGCUCGUUUUCUGAUACUGUCCGAUUCCGUACUACAUCUGGCCUGGAUGCCGCACUGGAUCCAAUCCAAAUGAAGAACGUCACCUUUGAGCAUGUGAAAGGUGUGGAGGAGGCGAAGAGUGAGCUUCAGGACAUUGUUGAGUUCUUGAGGAAUCCACAGAAAUUCACUGCACUUGGUGGAAAGCUACCCAAAGGUGUCCUCCUGGUCGGUCCUCCUGGUACUGGAAAGACUCUUCUUGCCAGAGCUGUGGCAGGGGAGGCAGAUGUGCCAUUCUACUAUGCGUCAGGGUCAGAGUUUGACGAGAUGUUUGUGGGCGUUGGAGCAAGUCGCAUCCGGAACCUAUUCAAAGAGGCAAAAGCUAAUGCCCCUUGUGUGAUCUUUAUUGAUGAGUUGGACAGUGUGGGUGGAAAGCGCAUAGAGUCACCCAUGCAUCCAUAUUCACGUCAGACUAUUAACCAGCUCCUUGCAGAAAUGGAUGGGUUUAAACCAAAUGAAGGGGUUAUUGUUAUUGGGGCAACAAAUUUUGCAGAAGCUUUGGACAAUGCUCUUGUGAGACCUGGGAGGUUUGACAUGCAAGUCACAGUCCCCAGACCUGAUGUAAAAGGACGUACUGAGAUCCUCAACUGGUACUUGAAGAAAAUCAAAGUGGACCCUGAUGUGGAUGCAGAAAUUAUUGCCAGGGGAACAGUGGGCUUCUCUGGAGCAGAGCUGGAGAACUUGGUGAAUCAGGCUGCACUAAAGGCUGCCGUAGAUGGAAAGGAGAUGGUGACAAUAAAGGAACUAGAGUUCGCUAAAGACAAGAUCCUUAUGGGCCCAGAGCGCAGAAGUGUGGAGAUCGACAAGAAAAACAAGACGAUCACUGCAUAUCAUGAAUCUGGGCACGCUAUUGUGGCAUAUUAUACUAAAGACGCCAUGCCCAUAAAUAAAGCUACUAUCAUGCCACGAGGACCCACCCUUGGUCAUGUGUCUAUGCUCCCAGAAAAUGAUCGGUGGAGUGAGACUCGUGCUCAGCUGUUGGCUCAGAUGGAUGUCAGUAUGGGUGGCAGGGUGGCAGAGGAGCUCAUCUUUGGGGAUGAAAACAUCACUACAGGAGCGUCAAGUGAUUUCGAUGGAGCCACUAAGAUUGCAAAGAUGAUGGUUACACGCUUUGGAAUGAGUGACAAGCUGGGUGUCAUGACCUACUCUGACCUGUCCAAACAUAGCCCAGAAACACAAGCUGCUGUGGACCAGGAAGUCAGAACGCUGCUACAGGAUUCAUAUGAGCGUGCUAAGAAACUCCUCAAGACAUACAGCAAAGAGCACAAAAAACUGGCAGAUGCUCUGCUCACCUAUGAGACUCUGGAUGCAAAAGAAAUUCAGAUGGUUCUUGAGGGCAAAUCUCUAGACCCCAGAUGAUAUUGUUCUCAAGAAUGUCAAAAAGAGCUGAAGACAUUCAUUCAUAUUCAUUUAAACAGAGGUAAUGGGGAAUGAGGAAGGACACUAAUAUAAUUUCAGUUCUUCCACUAUCAAUCAGCAGAAACAAAUAUACUGAGUAAUGCUUCUAUUUAACAUUUAGUUCUAUAAUGUUCCGUAAUUGGAAGGCCAAACCAAUUUCAUAGAGCUAUUUGAGCUAUUCUAAUUUCCCAAGCCGGUUUUUAAAAAAUACCCGCAAUUUCAACUUCUUUGUAGCCUAUAUGUACGAGUGCAGUUUAUUAUGUAUUUCCAUUUUUGCACACCAGCUACUCUUCUGACAAAUGAACUCUGCCAGUGUGUAUUGGAAAGUAGUGGUCAAUGAACAUUCUUGACCAUCUUGUGUGUGCAGAAAGGUGAGGUUACGCCAUUCCACCUUUUUCACUUUUUGCAAGUUUUACCCUCGGGGAUCAAGCCAUGACUGACACAGUCGCGAAUUUGCAUUCCACAGAAACAGACCUAUAUAUUUCAAUAUAGCCAGUAAACAUGCCAGAUCUUAUUGAUCUAAUGUAACAGUAUCACAUGGCUGUACUAUGGCAGCCUGUUAAUGGAAGCAAAGCACAUUUCUGGUUAAAAAAAAUAAAUAAAUAAAAUAAUAACUUUCUAUUAACCAUAGUCUUUCUAGAUGAACUCAAGCUGCAGCUUGAAAAAUAUUUCACAUAACAGAAAAAUUUGCUUUGCAAAAGAAUUGUGACCUCAGUUGUAGUGUACUUGAAGUUAUUCUUGAAUCUGGCAGAGUGGCACAUACCAGCUGAAUAUUUUGUGUGUCUUGUUGAACAAAUAGAUAAACCUUGGAUGCAGUCUUGGAAGUAAAGGUUUUUUACUCGUCAUUCAUUCACCCAUCUCAUUAAAUAUGAACCAAGAAUGUAACAUCAGUAUUACUUCAGUAAUAGGCUAAAGAUCUAAGUAUUGUUUUUUUUAAAGGAGCAACUUCCACCUCUGAAACAUUUUUGGAAAAUGAGGAAACCAUUUAUAUUGUGAAUAUUUGUCCUACUUUCCAUGAA